AUGACGCGCAUGCGCACAAAUCCAGUUAAUUGAACGCGAUUUUGAAGCAGCGUCUUUCGAGAGUGGGGUAGUUUUAAUUGCACGUGGACUGCUAGGUGAAAGCCGACUUGGAUUUUAAGAGUCAUCCGCUGGGUUGACAAGGCUUGUUCUCAACAGGUUUGAAUAGGUGUGAUUUGGUCAGAAAUCCAAGAUGACGGCGAACAUUCUGGAGCUUGACACCAUAUUGGGACAUUAUGCCUGGCGAAAACUGGAGAAAAAUAUCAAUUUCGUAAAGCGGCUGUUUCUUGAACCUGAGGAUUACUAUCCCGUCAUUGACUGGAAGUGUCUCAACAUUGAACACAACAUCAUGAAGUUUUCACUGCGCCCAGCGAACACCUGCGUGGAGUCUCCAUGGGGCGAGAUCACGACCGGGUCUCGUUGGGUCUCGUUGUACGGCUGCGAGUACGAGAACAAGUCGGAGACCAAGCACGUACAUACAUUCCGCGGCAAGCGAGAGACGACGACUUGGAUCGCAGUAGAGCUUCAGAAUUGCUACACCAUCGGCAACGACGUCAACAUCGACGUGAACCUUCCGACAAACUUCGUCAAGUUCCGUGCGGGGCGGGACAACACGAUGAACGUAUGUAAGAUGAAGGGCGAGGUGUUCAAGGAGGUCGUUCCUUGGGAGGUCAAUUCUCAGAUCGAGAUCGGACCGUCAUGGAAGGCAAACGCCGAGCUUCUUGCACGUGAAGAAUGCCAAGUGAUAGAUUUCGAAAUCCGGACCAAGUUGUCUGUCCCUAAAGGCAAACUGCCGGUGUACUUCAAGAAGAAGUCCGACGACAAAGUGGCGUACACGGUCAUGCUGGACGACUUCCACAACGCCUUCCUGUCCCUGGAGUCCGGGGGAACGCUCAGUGAAGACGAGAUGGCUUUGGUGCAGGUGCUGAUGGAGACAACCCUGGACAAAUAUCAGAAUGAGAAAAGCUCCACCAGCAUCCAGCUGCUCACACAAGGCUCGUGCACCAGUGUGGCUUGGUCAGAUCAAAAAGUGAACAUCAAAACCGAACCGAUGCCUAAUUCUAACAAAACACACGUGUCGGAUCUAUUCAUAGAGCGAAAUGGACUGAGGGACUGAUCGCAGCAACAUCAGCAGCAGCAGCAACAGCAGCAGCAGCAGCAGCAAUAUCAUAAUAUAUACAUUGUACUGUCGGAAAUAAGUAAAGGAUGGAUGAAAAUAUCA